UACGUUCUUUGAUAUAAGUUCUUUGGCCACCGCAACAAUGAACAUAAAAUCGCGUCAUCGUGAUAUCGAAGUAAAAUCGAUAGGAUGAACAUCUAAAGUCGUCCAUCUUUGAUUAGAACAAAGAAACAAACAAAUUUUGUAAACAUUUCACAAGUAUUAUUCUAUUAAAACAUAUUUUGUGAUUUGAAAUAUAUAUACGGUAAUAUAUAUAAAUCAAUAUGGACUGCGACGAAAUGCAGGUAAUAGAGGAGCCAAAUCUUUCGGAACGCAAAGAAACUGGCAAAAGAGGGCGAAAACCUGGGCGCAAAGCUUCAACGGAAAAAGUUGAUAUACGCGCUAAAUUAGAGAGGAGCCGCCAAAGUGCACGGGAAUGUCGCGCAAGAAAAAAAUUGCGUUACCAGUAUUUGGAAGAAUUAGUCGCAGAUCGAGAAAAAGCUGUAUUAGCUUUACGAGAAGAACUGGAACGAUACAAAAAAUGGGGCGCUGAACUCAGUGAAGGUAACAUACCAGAAGGAUUUCACCAAUUACUUGAAGAGGCGGGUGUGCUAAAACAAGAACAAGUUAUAUGAAACUAAAUACCUCGAAGAUUGUUAGUGUUUUAUUUUGAUAAUUUAAGAUAGAUUUUAAAAUCUAUAAUUUAUGCUAUUUUAAAAUAUAA